GUAAGAGGUAAGAACAUGCAAUACUAAUUUUCCAGAGGCCCGCGAUUUCCGUCGACGAUGCUACCGUUGUUGUCGUUGUUGACAUUUUGAGAGAGUGACUUUACUAUGACAUCCCGCACCAGAAAAAAUAAGAAAAACUCAAAAGAAGAAUCUGAACUGAAAAUGCCAAGAAAACAAGAUACUGCAAGUGCCGCAGCGCCGUCACCAGAGAGUCCUCAGAAAGGGCGUAGGAGACCACGCCAGUCCAAGGCAAGCCCAGGAACUACUCCAGAGUCACCUCCAAGAAAAACACGAAGGGGUACAUCCACUCCGGAGUCGCCACAAAGGUCAAGUCCUAGGAGCAGAAGUUCAACUCGAAGCUCGAGGACUCCACCUCUUUUGGUUAACCUUUCACCGAGAGGCAGGGGCCGCAGGAGCCGUAGAGGUAGCACAGAUUCUAGCGCAAGUAGUAUAGGGAAUACUAGUGGAACAUCUACCUCUACUCCAACAACACGACGCACCAGAAGAGGAAGUAAUAGCUCUGAAGCUAGUGGAAUAUCUGAAAACACCACUGCCUCAGCAACAUCCUCACGGGGAGGAAGGAAGAGGCCCAAGUCAUACAGUCCUCCAACUGCUCCUGCCACGAAAACCAAUGGUGCUUCACCACCUUUGUCACCAAAACGGGCAGUUAAGAGAAGGAGAGGGGCUUUAGCCAAUGAUGUGGCUCCUGCUAAUGGACGAAGUGGUCGUAGAACAAGAGGCAGAGGGCCCACUUCAGAAACACCCCCUCCUGGAGAUUUAGAUGGUGGAACGGAAGGUGCAGAUGAUAAGCCAUCUGUUGAUGGCCAUGCUGAUAGCCCAGUUGAUCAUGUGAAAAGUGACAUAAAUGGGGACAAGGUUCACAUCAAUUCUGAGGAAAAAUUAGAUGUGGUUAAAGAAGCUGAAGGUGGGCAAGACCAUUUGUGUCUAAAUUCAUCAUCUGAAGUGGAGGGAAAUGCACAGAAUGAGGUUAGGUCAAGGAACAGAAAUGAGAAAGGGAAACAGAGACAUGCAAAGAAAGAUUCAGGAGCUCGAAGCAAAGGCAAAGUUUCGGAAGUUGAUGGUGAUGAUAACAUUGAGGUUCAGGAUAAAACUAAAUUAUGCAAUUCUAAUGAGGGUUCUAGUCAUAACGACAGUGCAAUGAAAAGGAGACUUUCUGACAGUGAAAGCUCAACUUAUGAAACCCCAGAAGGUAAAAUUACACACCAGAAAAAGAUUAGAACUGAAAAAGUACCUGUUGUAGAAGGUAGUAAAUCUGUAGUUUUGGACAAAAUGCCAUCUCAGGGAAGUACAAAUAAUGAUAAGCCUAACAUUAAAGAAUCUGUUACUAUUGUGCCAAUUGAAGUGGAUAAAGAUAAUGUAAGUGUUGCAGAUACCUUCAUGGAGACAUUAAGUCUUAAUGAUGAACAGAAAAAUGAAAUUGUUUGCAGUAUACCACCUGCAGUAAGAGAUUCAUCUGUCAAUGAGAUUGUUGAAACCUUGGUAGAACAGCUAUUGAAUGGGACAACCACUGUAAAGACCAUGAAUGCACCUCGAUUCAAUAAGUUCCUCAGACAGCUGUUGACUCAUUAUUGCAGCUUAGAAACAACCAAGCAGAGUAAACACACACUCUGUGAGAAAGCCGUCGAAUGGGCACGAGAACGGAAAAGUGUAAACCUGAGGCAUGAACUCGAGCUUACGCUGAUGUCGUUGUAUUAUGCCACCAAGCACUACAAGAAGGCAGAAACCAUUGCAAAUGCUUUGUAUUCUGAAACUAAGAAAUUGCAGGAUAAAGAGAAAACAGUCAAGGCUUGUUUGUGUUUAAGUCAAGUUUACCAUGCAAUGGGCAACAUAUCUAAAGCUCGAGCAAACAUAACAACAGCAAAAACUGAGGCUUUGAAAAUCUACACUCCUCCAGACAUGCAGGGAGAGCUUGACUUACAAUCAGGUAUUAUGCAAGUGGCUGAAGGAAAAGACAUGGAAACGGCUUUCUCCUACUUCAAAGAAGCCGCAACGGGUUUCACAUCACGAAGACAAAGAUCACAAGCACUUAAGUAUAUGCUUCUUACCAAGGUCAUGGUUAAUCGUUGGCUUGCCAUUACCAGUGCUGCCAACAAGUCAUCACUUGCAGAUUUUAAGAAGACUCGGGCCCAGUACAAGGAUCAUUUAGAAGGGGACAUUGUUGUAGCAAGUGUACUUGAUGACCUGUACACAUCAAUGAUGGAGAAGAAUCUUCUCAACAUAGUCUUGCCUUAUGAGCGACUGCAGAUCAUAUACGUUGCUGAAAAGAUUGGUCUUCCGAGGGAGGAGGUUGAGAGACGUCUUUCCCAGAUGAUUCUAGACAAAAGAAUUAAUGCCCAGCUUGAUCAUCGGGAUGACUGUCUCUAUGUGUACGGUGCGGAGGAAAAAGAUGCCGUUUACCAGACUGGUCUGGAUUCCUUAUCGCAACUCGACAAAACUGUAUCGCAUCUCAAUCGUAAAGUAAAGAAGUUAUUGUAAUGAAAGUUUUUUUUAGGACAGCUAAUCUUGUGAAUUUUAUGGCUAGUUGCAUAUAUUCUAUUAUGUAUGUAUUGUGAUCAUUUAUUUCAGGAAUGCAAUAGGUGGUAAGAAUAGAUCCACUUUUUUGUAAUAAUAAGUGAUAUCGGUGAUAUCGUUAGCCUGACAAAGAAGAGACUUUCUUUGAAGCUGUUUAAGAGGUAUGUACAGUGAUUGAAUUGUACUUGUGUGGUAUAUCAAUUUCUCGUAUGUUCCAUGUACAGUUUUUGUUUAGAACUAACUCGUACCUAAUGCUUAACCUCGGGUGUAUUAGAAAUAAAGGUAUGAUGAAAAGCAUUUAACAUAUAAUAAACAUAAUAUUGUAUACUAAAAAUAUAUGCAUUUUACCAUGUCAGAUCAGAGUUGUAUUAGACUUAUAAAAGUGUGUUUAAAGUGUGUUUAUAGCACAGGUGAGGUUCCUUAGAAUCAUAUAUCUAUAAAUUGUCUCUUUUGUGGCAAAUGAAUAUAAUGUAUCAUUGUUUUCUCGGCAGUAUGUCACAGUUCUCCUUCUGUUUAUGGAAAAGUAAUGUUCUUUAUGCUCAGAAAAGGAAAGAUCUAGAGAAUUUUGUAUGAUAGAUUUUGGGUUUGUCUUUAGAGGUAAGAGAAGUAAAGAAAUAAGAAGUCCUGAAAUACCAAGCUUUACUUCCAUUACUCAGUAGUUGGUGGGAUUAUGUUACUGCAAACCAUCACAAAUGAUACCACUGGAAAUUUGUAACUAAGUAGGUGUGGGUUUGAUAAUAGCCAAAUAUGAAUAGUACAAUGUGGGCCAUUUUUAUAUAAUUUUGUACUUUGAUAAUUAUGAUACAUUGCCUGAUGAACAAAGUAAAAAAGUAUAGAAUACAAAGAGGAAAUACAUGGAAAUGGUGAUGGUUGAUGUUUGGAAAGAAUUUAUUUGAUCAUAUCUAGGUUUAUACAUUUGUACAUAAGAAAUAUUCUUCAGAGUUAAGAGAUACAAGUUGUCUACUUUUGAUUUCAUGUACAGUAACAGCCAGCACUGUUAAAACUUGCAGUGUGGAAGGGGAUUAAUGUUCCUAUUAUAUAUUAGGAAGUAACUGCACAAGAUUCCUGUGAGUGGGUUUAGUUGUGAACAAUGUAUAUGCAGUAAUUUCUCCUUAUUUAUUAAGGUAGGAAAGUGUCAAGUUGUAUUUUUGAUACAUUAUUGUGGGAAAGGUUUGUUAUAGUAGCUCUUAACAUAGAUGGUUUUUGAGAAGGGAUCCCUACGUACAGGUCAUUAAUUUUAUGCACCCUGCUUCUGAUUGCUUAGUGAAACGAGUUUACUAUUACGUAGUUUACCUGUCAAGGCAGACUGGUUAUCCAACAUUCCUGACAAGUUAUGUAAAGUGGUUUUGGUGAAGAAAUUCUGUUGCUUGUAUUAUGUUGAAGAAAAUCUUCGAGAGGAUAUAUUUGUUGGGUUAUAUUAAGCGUGCUAUGAUUAGCAUUGUUACAUUAAAUUCAUUUUGCUUUAAAAGCAGACAUUAUCAGUAUGUUAUCAAAGGCAGUUGAAAGAUUGUGUGUGUGAAAGUAGAAGUUUUUCUUUUGUAUUUUGUCUAAGCAGUUAUUUUUUUUCUAGAGCAGUAACUCAUUUGUGCAACAUGUGUCCAGUUGUGACAUUUCACAUUUGCUUUCUGUAACCAAAAAAGUCCGGUGUAUAAUAAUUCAGUUAAGAGAGAAGUAGAAUAAAAAAGAAAAGAUGAAGUGAAGUCAUUUUAUACUAUUGGUAAAACUAAAGAUAAUUAUUAUGAGCAUAUUGUUAGGCUUACACGUUUAUUUCCAACUGAAUGUUUGAUUAUUAGAGAGAAUGUUUGUCUAUUUACCAAAGAUUCUUGAAGAACAGGUUCAUAUCUAUAUUUAUUCCUUCGUACUUGAGGAGGUUAGUUAUACGGUUUAAUUAAUUUUUCUCCCGUUUUGUAUGUCAUUCCGACUUUUUUUCACUUAAACCAAACCACUUGAGUUUCAUUUUUAUUGAUAGUACAUUUCACUUGUCUUUGUUACAUUAUAGUACAAUAAUUAUUGAGCCAUAGCUAUGUUUUUGUCGACAUGCUUUUCCCAGUAGUAGUAAUUGUUUAUAAUAGGAUACUAGAGCAUUUUUUUUUUAACUGGUUGUCAAUUAUUACUUAAGUUUUUUUGUUUGAUGGUUUGAGAUCGAGAUGUAUAUAUGUAUUUCUGUGAAUAGUGUUAGUUGAUUACUACAUAAUUAUAUAACAUUUAGUUUAGUUGGUUUGUUUUUUUCUAUUAUUUCAUCAUGAUGAUUUUGUAUAUGUCGGAUAUUUUGUGAGAUUAUACUCGUGUAAAAUUCUUUACCCCUUUAUACUAGACUGAUAUCAGAAAGUCAUGUUGAGCAUGAUAAUCACUGUGCCUGCUUUCACAACCCAGUUUUGGCUAGCCCAUCUUCCAGGCUAGUUAGUAUACUGUAAGGCCAAAAAUUGCCUUCAAAAAUCUGUUGUGUGUCAGUGAGUGAAAAAAUUGGAUCAAAGAUA